AUGAAACAUACAAUUUUCCACACGGUGUGCGUAACUGUAUUACUCUGCUUUUGUACAUACAAGGUGCUAGGAAUUCGAUUGGCGGAACAAAAAUGUCAGGAUUAUCGUAAGACGAUUGCCGCUCUAUCACCUGCACCUGCGAUGGCUAGCAGAACAAAUGAAUUUGUCACUCCCUCGAACGGACUACCGGCCAUGGACGGCGAGUUUCCGCACCAGGUGCUCGUAGGCCAGUGGUUCUACGAGGAUGAGGAUGAUACUGCUUUCAUUAUGCGUUGCAGUGGUGCUCUGAUUAGUGAUCAGUACGUACUGGUGUCAGGCCACUGCUUCUGGGCGUUGGCCGGCGACGAGGUUUCACUCGGCCGGCAUGACUAUACGCGCAACUCUUCCUUCCCAGAGCUUCUGAUCAAACGUGGCUCCUUGAUCAUGUUCCCCGGAUUCGAUGAGCUAACGGUGGCAUCGUACAACGAUAUUGGGUUGAUUAGACUUGAAGAAUCCGUCACUUUUAGCUCACAUGUGUAUCCGAUUUGCCUAUGGACCGACGAUAAACCGUUGGAUUUAUCGCAUCUUAUCUCAACAGGAUUUAGAAUGGGGAAGCAGGUGAACGAUACACAGGAUACCCAGCUGAUGAAGCUACGUAUGAGGCGUGUCCCAAAUGAGGACUGCACUCAGGUGUACGCCGGCAAUAAAUACUUCCCGCAGGGUGUCUCUGACAAGCAGCUUUGUGUGGAGGCUCCAGUGGAUUGGAAAUCGACCUGUGAAGGUGACGUCGGUGAACUGCUGCAAACGGUCGAAAAAGGAUCCGUUCACGGCGCAUAUCGACUCAUAGGACUUGAAGGCAAGGGUGUGGAUUGUGACGAAGUGCACCGAAAAAUUGUUUUCACAAAAAUCGAUAAGUAUCUCGAUUGGAUCGAAAGUGUUGUUUGGAAAUCAUAG